AUAGAAACGCAUCUACGACAUGUUGCCAAGUAACGACGGCUCGAUAAGCGACAAGAAACGACUGACGAGUCCGGUGCAGAAUGAGCCACGCGUGUGGCAGGGUGGCACAACGUGGUAAAUGUUUCCAACAAGCAAUUUAAAACAUCUUAAAAAUCGCUGCUCGAUGAACAGAUUCGCUGCAGGGUACAAAUGUUCAAACAAGCACAGUAAGACAUAUGGGCAGCGCAAGAUGAAACGACUGCGGAGUCGCAAGGAGAGAAGUCAGAUCAGAGGUGAUGGGAGAGAAGCCUCGAAGCACAAACCACAUCACUGCCAUCACCAACGCAGUGCCACAGACAUGGCACAUUCCCGUAACUGCUGUCAUAGUAGCUGCCAUUGUCCUGCACGGAGAAAUGCGUCAUUUCCGAAUGUCGGUCCUGCUGCACAGGAGCCCAGUAUCAUCACAGACAGUCGUCUGAUUGGACACCAUGGCCUUUUCAACCACGAGGUGAAGUCUGUCAAAAUUGAGCGCUUGUUAAUUGAGCAGAGCAAACGGGAGAAAAGUGGACAGCAAGUACCAGAGAGGAGCUAUGCUGCUUCACAUCCGUCUUCAACAUCUCACAUUCCUUCUUCAUUUUCCACUAACGAUUUGUUGUGCGCUGACACUGAUGAGGUCGUACCAUUUGAGCAAAAAGCAGACCUUGAUGAUUGCCGGAAGACAGAGCAGAUAAUCAGUGAGGGAUCAGAUUUGACACCGGGGCAGAGAACGCAGCAACAGCUUAAUCUUUCAUCUGAAAGUUUUAAAAGCACUUUCUCGUCUAAACACAACUCCCUUAAUGUGCCGAUAACCAAGAGCAAAAAGAGCAGCCCUGUGGUGUCCGAAAAGGGACGAGAGUCACAGCAGACUCCCACUGUUGUCAGAGAAAAUGUGAAGACAUUAAACAAGAAGGUGAAGGGACACAUGAUAUCUGCUCUGGAGCACACCCCAAAGAACCUUCAUCUGGACUCACCGAACCACCAAACACGAGCUCACGGUCGCAGCCCGAGUCCACCUCAGCUGUCCAGCUCAAACGCUGCUGACAGCUUUGACAUGCAGCAGAGAAAACAAGAUCCUAACUGCGUAGCCCGGUCUGUCAGCGCAUUGGCAGCAAGUUUGUGUGACUGUCUGCGGUUCCCACUUCUGAGGAGGAGAAACCUGGUGUCGGAGAGCAGGGAGGUGUUGUUAAGAGCCCUACGGGAGAGACAUGGACCCCGGCUUCAGGAGAACCUCCUCAAGGUGCAGGGAUGCCUCAGCUUUGGUGUUGUUCCCGAAAAGAAAGUCCAGGGUCAGAAGCGAACCAUGAUGGAUGAGCUUCUCAUUCCAGAUGUAUUUACAACAACGUUUCGAACCGACACUGCCAGUCAGCCUCGUUUUGACACCCAGAAAACCACAUCUUUCAGAAUGAGGGGAAGUGGGCAUUUUAACAGGAAGUCCAAAUCACAGCUACACCACAACCUGGACCAGGAGGGUUUCAGGUGUUCUGCUGCCUCCUUGUCUCCCACGAAUAUGGAUAAUGUCACGGCAACCACAGAUUACUGGGACUACGACUAUGACAAUUUCACCUGGUCCCCUGAAACGAGCAAGAGUCAUGCUGCCCCGUGCUCACAGGAGGACAUCUAUGGUUUUGCACAGAGGUACUCCCCUGUUGUUUACAGUCUGGUGUUCAUCCUGGCUCUCGUGGGCAACGUGCUGGUGCUGCGUGUGAUCCAACGCUACCGAAACUCUCAGAGUGGUGGAGCCUGCGCCUUCUCCCUGACAGACACCUUCCUCCUUCACCUGGCCAUUUCUGACCUCCUGCUGGCCUUCACUCUGCCCCUGUUUGCAGUGCAGUGGGCUCACCAGUGGGUGUUUGGCCUGGCUGUUUGCAAGAUCUCCGGCGCCCUCUUCUCCCUGAACCGCUACAGCGGCAUCCUCUUCCUGGCCUGCAUCAGCUUCGACCGUUACCUGGCCAUUGUUCACGCUGUCAGCUCCGGCUGGAAGCGCAACACCUGCCAUGCUCAGAUUGCGUGUGCAAUCAUCUGGGUGUGCUGCCUGGGCCUGAGCGGAGUGGACAUCAUCUUCAAACAGGUGGUGGAGGUGAACGCUGUUGGGCAUCAGAAGAUGCUGUUGUGCCAGGUGUGGUUCACCGAAAACUCUACCCAGUGGCAGGUGGGGCUGCAGCUACUCAGUGUGGUUCUGGGUUUUGGGCUCCCCUUGUUGAUCAUGCUCUACUGCUACAUUCGCAUCUUCAGGUCUCUCUGCAAUGCCAGUCGUCGCCAAAAGCGCAAGUCUCUCCGCCUCAUCAUAUCUCUAGUGUCUGUGUUUGUCCUCUGCUGGGCACCGUACAACUGCUUCCAGCUGGCGGAUAGUCUGCACAGGCUGGGUGUGGUGAUUGGAGGAUGCCAGUUCGGCCAUGUGGUGGACAUCGGGACUCUGAUCACUGAAAGCAUGGGGCUGUCGCACUGCGCCCUGAACCCUCUGCUGUAUGGCUUUGUGGGUGUGAAGUUCAGAAGGGAGUUGGUGAAAAUGUGUAAGGGGCUGCUGGGACAGAGAGGCUUGCUGGGAAUGGAGGAAUGGAGGCAUAGGAAGCGCAGUAGAAGCAGUACAAUUGCAGGAUCUCGCAGCUCUGCAGAUAGCGAAAACACUUCGUACUCUGUCAUGAUGUGAGAUUGAUGAGAGAGACAGGAAGAGGGAGAUGAGGGGAGAUGUGUGUGGUAUAAGAGAUAAGAGAUAAGAGUAUACUUUGAGUUAUCUAAAAAGUCUCUCAGGGGAAAAGUGGUGCUUUUACAUCUAAUUGCUGGUACAGUGCAGCUUACUAGUUGUUUUGUCAUCGUUUUUCUAUUUUUCAAGAGUAGUAAAAUCAUUAAGUGAGAGCAUGGAGUAAAUCCAACUGCCACAUCCCACAUGCAGAUGUUGUCAUGUAAUUUUCUUUUCUUGUAAAUUUUUGUGUCUGUAGGGCAAUUAUUGUGAAAUAUCUAGAUUUCUUCAUACUUCGAGAAAAGCUUGUUCAGCAGUUAAGUUGUAGCCUGUGGCCUCAGCAAUCACUCAAAUGUCACUCAUUUGAAAUUCUCAUUUCUUGUUUAUUUUUAUUUCAAUAACCAUAUACAGCUGUGUCCUUUAAAACUGCAAAAGAGGGAAUGUAUACAGUGUAACUCAUUUUGAAUUUUGCAUAUUAGCUUACAUCACAGCCCAUUUAUAAUGUGCAACAUUUUUUAUAAUAAAUAUUUUCACAAUAAAA